UUUCAAGAGGUUGGUGGAAGGCGUUCUGUGACGGCGCUAUAAUUAUGUGGGAUAUAUAAUUCGGUGUAAUUCUUCUAUGAUACUGAUGCUGCUGUGCUCAUACGGCUAUUGGUCUGCGGUGCGACUCAAGAUGAGCGGGGACACUUCAUGACGUGGCAAUGCUUUGAGUAAUCCGCGUACUCGAUCCUAGCAGACGACGGGACGGCCAUCAAUUAUGCGUCAAGUUCUGCUCUGUCUUGGUCAAGAAAUACUGGUGUUGCAUUGACUACGAUGGAGCUGGACUUGCUGGUGGCAGUGUUUGGGUGCGUGGCACUCGUGUUCCUGUUCGUCAGGUACGGCAGAGACAUCUUGAGUGGCACUGGCUCGUCGGUGACGUACAUCGCCCAACGCAAGGAUUUUCGUCCCAUGGUCCAAGUGGAGAACCCGUUUGUCUUGGCUUGCAAGGGCACCGAGGACCCAGGAGGUGUAGUUCUGCAGCUGUGGAGCGAGUGUCCAUGCCAGGUGUGGUUCUACUGGGGUCUGAGCUACACAGCUCUGGCAACUUGGCCGCGGCUGGGAUGGCCGAGGCUGCGUGAGGCGGCACAAGCGGGCAGUCUCUGGGAGCCUCCCCAAGACUGCGUACACCAGGAAGCCCCCAUUAGCCUUGACAGCUGCCAGCGACAUGUGUGGCAUGGUCAGAGCCCCGCCCUGCCGGCGCGCGAGCCACGGGUGUCACUUGGUGUGCUGUUCGUGCGGCUUUCUGAGGCAGAGCCCAUGGAAGUGGUGGCCCUCGUCGGCGCCGUGGAGCUCGUGCCCGGCGGGCCUCGGCUGCUGGCCCAGCACGUGAAGCUGUCCGGCGGCCAGAGCUGGCCCCUGCGCACCUUGUUCACGCCGGCCGGUGCUUCCUGCAUGGUGUGCCAGGUGGAACCGGCCAGCCUGGCUUUGCUGCCGUGUCGACACGCCGGCCUGUGCGUCGCCUGCUUCUCCCGCGUGCAGACGUGCCCCGUGUGCAGGGCUCGCAUCAUCUCCUGCUUUCACGUCGACCCCCGGGCACUGGACUCCGCGGAGCGGCCACUCCACGAAGAACAGUCGUAGUCGUGCACAUGUAUAGUUCCCCCUGACGGCUUACACGGACUACACCACUUCCUGCACUGCAGCUAGCGGCGAGAAGUGACGAAAUCAGCAAUAGUAAUGCGUGCCCAGCAAGUUCACUUGUGCUGUAGGCUCAUCCCGCGGGCAUGCCACACCCACCCCUCGCGAUUAACUUAGUGGAAAAGCUAAGCUUCCCUGCUUACCGGAGACAGCAAGUGCACCCGGAUGCGUCUUUUUGAAAAGAUAUGUGCCGCUGCAUGCAGUCCACUUCUCGAGCUUUUUUUUUUUUUUUGUUCAUUGUGCAUGCGCACUGGAGCAGCACACGUUAAAGAAGACAAAAAAAAACGCAAGCCAGGGUGUCAGAGGCACACGCUCUUGCGAUUUCCGAUAAGCCCGCAAGGUUGCACCAAUUUAAUAGAUUUAAUAGCGCCAGGGGUUACGUCGUGCUGGUUGGAAGAGCCCAGACAGGGCUCGCGCUACAGCUGAGCUUGGUGCGCAUGCGCUACCCUUGCCGAUCUCGACGCCUGACGCUGCUAGAAGGCGCUGACCGUCGCUCGCGCGUGCAGACCUGCCCCGUGUGCAGGGCUCGCACGCUCUCCUGAAUGCUUUCACGUGGACCGCCGGGCGCUAAACUCCACGGAGCGGUGAUUCGACGAAUAUAUAGCAGUUGUAGUCGUGUAUAUUUUGUGUGCAACGGUUACCUGGACAUGGCACAGGCUACACUUCAAGUGCAGUGUGCGUGUACGUACUCGCCUGCUUUUACGGGCGUGGCGAAGCGAGCUCCGUACGACGAACUCCACGCUAGGAACUCCAUACUAUGAACUCUGUACUACGAAGUGCGUACUAUGAACGCCGUACUACGAACUCCGUACUUUUACGAACACGUUGAAGCGGCAGCAAGUCUGUGAAUGCCUAUGUGGAAAAUGGGAGUAUCUACCCACCUGCUGGCUUCCUCCUCGUGUGAACAACGGUGCCAUAGCACAGUGCGCAUGUUGGCUAUGCUGGCGUUUGAACUUGGGAAAAAAAAAAUUUAAUGCAGUGAAUAAGGACAGAAGGGAGAGGGUGUCACGUUAUCUCUAUGAUAACUGUCUUCUUCUUUUUUUUUUAAAUGCGCAAGCAUUAUGUGGCUAGCUUCACUGAAGACCUGUCAGUUUAUCGCAGAAAACCCUAGACAAGAUGAGACCAUGCCGGAGCUUGAAGCAGACGCGGCUUUGUGUUCUAACAGAAGCGGUCAGGGAUACGCAAGCAAGACGCUGAGAGUCACGACGAAGAAACGUUGUACAAUGACAAAAAAAGAAAGAAAAAAAAGUAUAUAUUUCGUAGAUAGUGCACCGCUGAUUGAGCAAAAAAGAAAAAAAAAAGAAACGUACGCUCGCAGGAAAGUAGUGGCUUAGUAUAUCGGCGUUAAGCCCGGCCCCCUAAAAUCAGCGUUGUCCGUGACCGAAAAAUCGCGAUUGGCAUAAAUAAUAUUAAAAAUUACACCAUCUCCCGCUAAAUGGGACCAUGAGGCGAUGCGAAGCCGGAGCACUUGCGCGAUCGCGUUCCGUUGGCUUUCGUUGGGCAUGCUACCGACCUCGCGUCGUGG